AUGCCUUCAUUGAAAGCCAACUCUUCUUCUCUUUUGCAUCAUUUCAAAGAGACAAUCAAAGAAUUGACAGCUAAGCUUAAAGAUUAUGACGAUCAGCUUGAGGCAAAAACGGAAGCCCGGUUUAAAGAGAAGGAGAAAGAGAUACAGAAGACUUUUGACGAAAAAGAACGCCUACUUCAAGAAACUCAGCUGACGCUUUCAAACAAAUUGGGCGAAGCUGAGCAGAAGGUCAGCGCCCUACACAGUGCCUUAGAAAGUGCACAGGCUGAGAUCCAAAGACAGAAAGCUAAAUAUGAUGAAGUGGUGGAAGCAAAGUCAUCUCGAUCAGAUGCUAUAAAGGAGACAUCAUCAGAAAAUUUAAGAUCUGAUGACAUGGAAAUGGUAAUUAAAGACUUAGAGCGUGCUAAUGAGAGAGCCGAAGCAUCUGAACGUGAGGUAGAGCAGCUACGUCAGCAGCUAGCAUCAGCUACUCAAAACCUCCACCAGGUAGAACAAAUGGAGAAGGCAACUGACAUGGAACAAGCACUGGACAUUCUCAAGCGGUCCCGGCUUGAGGUUGAGUUAGCUGCUAAAGACAAAGAGAUUACGCAAUUGAUUGAAGAUAUACAAAGAUUACAAGCUUCCUAUGACAGUUUACAAGAGUCCACAUCAGCUAGAAUCUCCAGAUUAGAAGAGAAUAUUAAUAGAAAAGAUAAAGCCUUCCGCCUCUUGGAGGAAAUGUUCAGAUCGCAAAAGGAAUUUGAGGAUAUUAAGUGUGAAUUGAGCUCUAUGAAAUCCACAGAAUUUGCCAAUGUGUCUGAUGACGACUGUCCACUGGAAACUUCCAAUUCCCUAGAACUGCUUCUGUUGGAGAAAGCAAAAAAUCAAGAGCAACAACAGCCAGCACAGCCACAGCAGACUUCAGAGGCUCAGCCUUUGAAUCUAACAGAGUCAGACUCUACUGCUAGUAAUACCAAUUCUACUCCUCUCACUACAACUACUGAAGCAUUUGCAACGAUGCUAGGAGAAGAACUGGUGACAUCAUACCAGCAGCACAAUCAGUCUGGCUCAAGUACAGCCAGCACACCAACCAGCAAUGGACUACCUCCAUCUUCUGAUAAUCACCCACCUCCCCCUUCCCCACAUAAUCAUAGCAGCAGCAGCAGCAUCAACAAUAAUAAUAAUAGUAACAGUACAACCAAUCAUGUGCCAUUUUCUCCUAGCAGUACAAACUGUCAAAUGCCGCCCCCUCCAACAUCGCAGUUUUUAAGUUACGGUAAUGGACACUCUCCUGCUACACACCACUACAUGCCACCGUCAGUUGUGGUGAAGCAGGAACCAAAUUCAGGCACCACUACACCGUCUAAUGGGAAGAAUCAGUCCCUGGAUACGGCUCUCGUGGCUAAGAUGGUUCGAGAGCUGCUCAGCGUGCACAAUAUUGGUCAGAGACUUUUUGCCAAACACAUACUUGGAUUAUCUCAGGGAACGGUCAGUGAGCUCCUGUCCAAACCAAAGUCUUGGGAUAAAUUAACCGAGAAGGGACGUGAAUCCUACCGCAAAAUGCACGCUUGGGCUGUCGAUGAAUCUAACAUCUUAGCCUUGAAAGCCAUUUCUCCAAAGAAAACGAUUAAAAAGCAGCCAUCAGAUGGGGUCUUAAAAGAACCUUAUACAAAACCAGCGGGAUCGCAGGCUCUUGUGCCUAGCUCCCAGAGAGAAGAUAGCGCCACUGAGGAACGCAUCACACAGAUUUUAAAUGCUGCACAACAAGCCAUGCAGAUGAAAAAAUCAAUGGAUCAUACUAAAAAUUUCACUAGUAUUCAACAUGCUGGUAAUAAGCGGUCACCUCCCAUAGCUCAUGAUUUGAGUACCAACAUGAGCCAUCAACUACAGGUAUCUACAUCAAUGGCAUUAAACGCUUUCAAAGAGCACUCAAAAAACUCUGUCUCUUCUUCCAAAGCCUCUGUAUCCACAACCAAUGGAACUUCCACUGUGAGUUCCACUGGCCAAUCCAGCCCCUCUCAUGCUAAUAUGAACUCUUCUUCUCGAAAUCGCAGUGAGUCCUCUUCCUCAACAGAGAGAAAACAUGGACAUAAGAGCCUGUCUUCUCAAAGCGCCUCUUCCAAAGAACGUGAACUGGCAGCAAAAGAGAUGGUAACCCGUAUCUACCGUGAAGAGUUGACCAAACUGGCUCAGGCAGCUGAAAGUGCAGGUAAUGUGGCAGCUAGCACAAUGUAUCAGCAGGAGCUGGCUCGGAUUGCCCAGAAUAUCCACCGGAGCACACCAAUGCAACAGCAGCUCCACGACAAUUAUCACCAUCAGGACAACAUCAGCAUUAAGACAGAACCGCCUGAUAGCACAUCAGACGAAAACUCUUUGCAAGCAAAUGGUCCAAUUGACCUGAGCAAGCCGCACAGCUCACCCCAAACCCCAACUACUGAAACAACAUUUGCCGAUAGCGGCCGACACACAGGAAGUGCCUUUUGCCUGGUCCGGCCGCGGCUCAAUGGCCAGGACAACUAUGAGUCGUCGAGAUUCUCUUCCUAUUUGCCUUCAGACUGCUUGUCUCCUUUGCAGCGAAUGCAAAACAUUGCCAAUUCGUUAACGACACGAUCUCAUAUUGGAACACCAUCCACCAAGCCUCUCAAAGCGGUCCUCCCACCAAUUACACAAGAGCAGUUUGACAAAUAUUCAAACAUAGACACAGACAUUUUGGUCAAGCAAGUCAAAGAGACUCUGAGUCAGUACUCAAUAAGUCAGAGGCUGUUUGGUGAGAAUGUUCUUGGUCUUUCACAGGGGAGUGUCAGCGACCUGUUGGCACGGCCAAAGCCUUGGCACAUGCUCACACAGAAAGGUCGCGAACCUUUCAUUCGCAUGCAGAUUUUUCUUGAAGAUGGAGAAGCAAUCCCCAAACUCGUCGCUUCACAGUAUCGAAUCCCACCUGAUAAACUGAUGCGAAACAAUUCACAAAACCAAGAAUCUAGCUCCUCCGAAUGUUUAAGCGACAACCAACAAUCAGCACGAAGACGCAGGAGCAGCAUUGAUGAUCGUUGUUUUGAUGCACCAACUGCCCCUAAACGUCCUCGCAUCUUCUUUACAGAAGAGCAAAAAGAAAUCCUGCGGCAAGCAUAUGCACAGGACCCGUACCCAAAUCAAAACACUAUUGAGGGUUUGGCAGCCGAACUGAAUGUCGGCGUGAAAACGGUCAUCAACUGGUUUCACAAUCACCGCAUGCGAGCCAAGCAGCAGCAACAUCCGGUGAGCAACAGCAACUCUAACUCUCAGGGUGAUGGUCAGUUCUCUGUGAAGACUGAGCCCAAUGAGGACAGCUCUAACCACAGUGAAAGUUCCAUCAUAUCAGAGACAGCACCUGAUCGCAGCGGUGAUGGUGGCCAAUGGAUGUUUCCCAACUGCAACCAAGAUUCUUCUCUAUAUUUUGUUUCCUCUGCUGGACAGAGGGACAAAAUACCAACAACUAACAAUGUUCCUUGUCUUUCAUUGGCUUUUCUUUCUUUUUUUUUUCCCCCUCUCAACCUGCUGAUAAUAUAUUUUUUUCUUUUAGUACAGUGUUAA